AGCUUGACUGGCUAACAGCGCCAGAAGAACACUAGCGACAGAAACCGGCAAAUACGUUUGAGAGGAGAUAUGAUGGCGGAUUACGAGCAUAACAGGAGGGACUCCACCGACGAUGGAGGGCCGCAGGAGGAGGAAGGCAGAGUGAAAACUAAGCCUGUCUCUUGUAGCACUGUGGGGGGAGAAGGGACCGCAGUCAAGCGCACCUCCCAGCAUUUCACUCCUGAAGAUGAAGAUGAGUCCUCAGCAGACCCACCAGCGCCUCGCAAAGUCUCCAAAAUAGGCUUUAGCAUGAGCAGUCAGAUGGCGAAGAAAUCGAACCCCAUAUCUAUCAAACUUGGAGCAACAAAACCUAAAGAGCCUGCACCAGCAGUUCCUCCAAAAAAGCCAGGGCUGGCGUCUGUUUUUAAUGAAGAUGAUGAUAGCGAACCGGAGGAGAUGCCUCCAGAAGCUAAGAUGAGGAUGAAGAACAUUGGCAGGGAGACGCCAACAUCUGCAGGACCUAAUUCCUUCAACAAGGGCAAGCAGGGCUUCUCUGAUCAUCAAAAACUUUGGGAGAGGAAGCUGAAGGCUCAAGCAGACAAAUUGUAAAUGACUGCCACAGAUUUUGUCACUAAUGAAUAAUUUUGUAUAGAUUAACCAUGUCAUAUAUCUUUAGAGGCUUAAAUAAUUCCUCACCGUAGCCUUGGUUUUUACAACUUUUGAGCUUUGUGGACAUGUCAUGAAGAAUACUUUAAGCCUUUCUGUGAUUGAAACCGAACCCACAUUUACCUUUCUAACCACUACUGGCUGACCCUGAGAGGAAACUGUCAUGGAUGGGUGAUGGAGGGAUGGGACAAACUAAUAAGUGAGAAUGUUGUUUAAUAUUUGCAGCAGCUGCUUUCUGCUGGCUAAAGAGAAAAUCUAGUGCAGCCUUCAUGCCCCCCUUGUGUGAUGUAUUUGUUCCCAUCUAAAACUGGUUAGGUGUGCUGCUGAGCAAAUGUGUUGCUUCUCUAUUUGUGUAAAAAUGUACACAGACCUGUGACAGUGUUUUUGUUUUUAAACCCAACAAUUGGAGUGCGAGUGUUGUGUUGCAGAGCCAGUAGACGUAUAAAUGACUUGUUUAGUUUAUAAAAAUCUAUGUCCAGCCCUUUGCUUGCACCAGCUGUGCCACCUCAGAAGUCUUUUUUUCAUGUUUUAUAUUAUUUUUUGAAGCUUUGUGCUAGUAUUUUUUGCCUUUCUGUGUCGCUGAAUCUGGCAAUCUUGCAGUAGAGAUGUUUGUAUCUGUAUUUCUGUUCACACCGGAAAACCAGUAUCAUACAGCGUAACAUGGACAUCAGGGUUCUGGUAAAUUGUCCUUAAAUAAUUUUAAAAAUAUAGGUCAGUAAUGAUUAGGCACAUUUACAAGGUUUUUCAUCGUCACUUUAAGAUCACGACGACUGCGUUACCCCUUUCCUUUUGGAUAAAUGUCACACUUUACCCUGUGCCUGAAACUCGUUUUGGAAAUUCCCCUUUGAUCAGAAAUAUAAACUGAGUUCCUCUGUGGCUUACCUUGCUGUUUUGCAGAUGCCCCCAAAUUAAUUAAAGCCACUGCUGCCAUUUAUUUCCAUCACACAAAUACAUAUUUAAAGGUCAGUCAUAAAGAUAUGUUUCAUGUUAAGUUUUUGUUACUGACAUGUUGACAGUAAAAAAAAAAUCUACAAAAAACAUUUAAAUGUUAACAUUGUGUACGGCGUCUGUUGUUUUUUAAAAAGUGUACAAAUACAUUUCUUUUCAUUUAAUGCUUUAAGCUGUAGAGUUAAAAGGGAAUAAUGAUUUUCCACUGCUUAUGACAGUAUAUUUUUGGAACAUGACUGGACCCUGAGCUAAUGGUGGCACUUUCCCCUACGUUUGAACAUGACACACUUCCAUUUUCAUCAUGGAAAUUUCCUUCAUACAUUUGUUUGUUUGUUCCGGUUUCGCACUGGCCUGGAGUCGCUUUCAGUAAAGAAUGCAGUACCACCA